GGAGACCUUGGCAAGAUGGUGAACGUCCCGAAGACCAAGCGGGCGUUCUGCAAGGACAAGAACUGCAAAAAGCACACUGUUCACAAAGUGACCCAGUACAAGACCGGCAAGGCUAGCUUGUAUGCACAAGGUAAGCGGAGAUAUGAUCGCAAGCAGUCUGGAUAUGGUGGACAGACAAAGCCUGUGUUCCACAAGAAGGCUAAGACUACCAAGAAGAUUGUGUUGAGGCUGCAGUGCUCAGUGUGCAAAGCCUGCCACAUGCACCCCAUCAAGCGAUGCAAGCACUUCGAAAUUGGAGGAGACAAGAAGAGCAAGGGCGCCAUGUACUAGAAGCUUGGUGCGCUUCUGUUGCCCAAGAGCUGGGCGGUGUGAUGCAUGGCGAUGUUUGAGUGGUCAGUGGCUUGGCACGUUCCUUACCAUAUGGAAUUGACUCGGACGUAUCUGUUUCCAAUUGGGUGACACGAUGACUCCACUGUAUGAGCUGCAGCUGUAUCUUGUAAUAAAUUACUCUCUUCA